AUGCAAUCAGACAUGUUCCGUGACGAGAUCGUUGCUCUUAGCCAGAAGCGAUCGGUGCCGAAGAGCAGUCCGCUGUCUGUUCUUAAUCCGUAUAUGGACGAACACGGACUCAUUCGAAUUCGAGGAAGGCUCCGUCGAGCUUGCUUACCAGAAGCGAUGAAGAAUCCCAUCAUAUUACGCACGCAUCCGCUGUUGGUGCUUAUUAUCCAGCAUCAUCAUCUGAGAACGUUGCAUGCCGGUUCACAAUUAACGCUCAGGUCAUUGCGGAACGAAUUUUCGAUUCUCCGGGCUCGCGCCACUGUUCGAUCCGUCCUUUACAAGUGUAUACCAUGCACGCGUGAACGCGCCGCCGUGCCCGUCGAACUCAUGGGUAACCUUCCGGCUGCAAGAGUCAACCGCACCGUUCGCGCCUUUAUCCAUACCGGCGUCGAUUAUGCAGGUCCGAUCGUUGUCCGCACAGCGCCUGGUCGAGGGCAUAAAUCGCAAAAGGCCUAUAUUGCGUUGUUCGUGUGCCUCACGACCAAAGCUCUGCACUUAGAGCUCGUCAGCGACUACACAUCUCCUACCUUUAUCGCAGCAUAUCAACGAUUUGUCUCACGUCGAGGACUACCGACGUCCAUGUAUUCUGAUAACUGA